UCUUUUUCCGAGCGCUGCGACGGGAAACGCGAGCGCAGCGGGCACCCAGCCAGCUGUCUAAAAGGGAGGCAGCGGAGAAACUGUGCAGUCGAGUCGAGAGUCCCAGGAAGGUUAAACAUGGAAAAAAUGGCAGAAACUGACCAAAACUUUAAUGGUGCUCAGUAUUUCGAAGGGGUUGAGAAGCUGCUUGAAAUAUGGUUCACGCGCACCGACGGCAAAACCAAGACUUGCGAUCUUCGUUCCAUCCCGAGGAACAAGUGGGAGAGCUUGCUGCAGAUAGUUCACUGUGAAGUAAUCAGCUUCUCUAGCAAUGAGCAGGUUGAUGCUUAUGUCUUAAGUGAAAGUAGCAUGUUUGUGUCUAAAGACAGGUUCAUCUUGAAGACAUGUGGAACAACAACUCCUUUAGAAUGUGUUGAGCCUCUGCUCAAACUGGUUAAGCUGCAUGCUGGAUUCAAUGCAUACGAGGAUGUAUUUUAUUCACGCAAAAAUUUCAAACGCCCUGAACUGCAGAAAUCUCCACACAGAUCCUUUGACCAGGAAGUGGAUCUCUUGAAUUCAAUCUUUAAAGAUGGUUCGUCCUAUUGCCUUGGUGAUGAAGAGUCUGAAUGCUGGUAUCUUUAUACACUACACCCCAACAAUGUGCCAUCCUCUGAUCUCACUCGCUCUGAUCAAACCCUGGAGAUAUUGAUGUCUGAUCUCGAUCCCAAAGUUAUGAGCAUUUUUACCAAAGCUAAUUCAUCAUCAGCCACUGAGGCCACUAAGAAAUCUGGAAUAGAUAAGCUAAUUCCCAGCAUGCGCAUUGAUGACUUUUUGUUUGACCCCUGUGGUUACUCUAUGAAUGGAAUCAACAAGGCUGGUCAUUAUAUGACAAUUCAUAUAACACCUGAGCCUGACUUCUCUUAUGUCAGUUUUGAAAGCAACAUCCCACAGUCAUCGUACAAGGAUGUUAUUUCUCGUGUUAUUGAGACAUUCAAACCAGGAAAAUUUGUAGUGACCAUAUUUGCUAACCAGGCCUCUCCUGCUUCCUCCUCAGCCCAUGAAAUGGAGAAACUGUCUCGCUUUGGUCCGUGGAUGCAGGGCGAUAUUCAGUACUGCCGUCUGAACAACUACGACCUGAGCUACACCUUCUACUCAAAGUUCCCCAGCUGAGGUUUUCUGUUGGCCCGCUUUAGGCAAACUUUGACCUUGCGGAGCCCAAUUUUAUCUAUUAGUUUAAUUUCUUCUAACAUAACACUACCUCUCUUAGCGUGCUUUGCAUUUGUUUUAAAUUAUUCACCCUUUUUAAUGGCCUUGAUAUUCAUUGCCAAUUUAUUACUAGUGCAAUGGAUAUAUCAGAACGCAUACAUUCAUAGAUGUAGGAAAAUGUAUUACAUGUGGUAUGAGAAAAUUUCAUGAGAGUGGGCUUUGCCUGAGAUUUUAUUUCAAGUAUGUGGACCUGAGUUUUGUCUAUGUAGAAGUUCCUUCAUUAGCCUCAGUCUUAUUAAUUUUGACUUGAGUUCAAUGGUAGUGAGCUUAUUUAUGGAUAGAUGACAUUUGUUGGAAAGGUUUUAACUCAUUGAAAUUAGUGAGAGAAAUCCUUUUCACUCUAGUUAAUUUUGAUUAUUUUCCGAAUAUCAAUUUUAGAGGGCACCCAAAGUUUAUUGGGGAACCUCAUUGUUUUUGGGCCAGUGUGGGAACAACGCUGUGGUUAUUGCAGGUUGACCAUAACUGACCUUCUAUGCAAUAUAUAUUUUACCUAAUUGUUGUUCUAUUUCACUUAGCUAAGAGUUAUAUUUGUCUCAAUACUCCUUGUGAGAGUGGCUCAUGUAGAAAGAUAAUUUUAGUCUACCUUGGAGUUUGUUUGUAAUUGUAUGAGCUGUGAUGCGAUUUAGGCAUUCCAUUAAUCUACCCUCAGCUGCGGCACAAGUGCCAGUUUUAGGGAGUAGGAAGAGCAACCUUGGAUGCUAUUUGAAGUGUUGUGCAAAUGUUCCUUGUUGUGGUUUAAGCUUAAGCGUAGUUUUAAAAACAGAAUUCUCAAAAUAUUGCACAACAUUGCAUGCAACACCAGUUGCCCUCUUUUUACCCCUGGAUAUUGGAAUUUGUCAUUGGCUGAGUUUUAGUCAUGACUGAUUUUAUUGACUUAACUAGUUGUAUCACUCUGACCUUUGGAGUUACAGCAAUGGAGCUGUGAAGUGUACCUGUAUGUUUAUUUUUGUUUGUUUUUUUAAAAUUUCAUUGAUUUUUUUCAUCCAAAAAGACAAAGCACUUUCAGAGCGUGGCUAACUAAUUUCCAUUAAGUUUUGUAACAUUCAUUUUGUUAUCUCUGCUUGCGUUUUGUUUUGUUUGAAAGUUGAAUUAGAAAAUUCAAAAUUUGGGCAUGUUGAAUAUGUGUUACAGUUUUGCACAUCUGUAAUUUUCAUUUGUGGAUGAAACAAUGAAACUCGGAUGUCUUCCACUGUUUACUUUUGUGCUGGGUGUUUUCAAUGUGUGAUGUUUGUUUUCUGAGCAUUUACUCUGCCAGACUUACAACUAACCCUCUGUAGAACAACCAGUAUUUGAUAGUUAUUUUUCCUCUUUCUUUUUUCUUUCCCUUUUUUUUUUUUUGUGAUAGAUUAGUAAAUUUAAGACAGCAUUAGAGCUACAUCAGUCAUUCUGAUGAAUCCAUUUUCAAUUAGAUCUGAUAUCUGCAUAAUAGGGCAAUGCUGUGCAUAACUUAUGGUCUUUUUUUGGGGAAAGAACUCACAAUCUUUACCUUUAAACGUCCACACCUCAUACAUCGAAUUGUUAGUACCUAAUUAUUGCUAACACAGCAAGCGCUCAGCUCUGUGAUUUAUUUUUCUUUAGUUAGGAAAUUUUAUUAGUUAGCAUAUUUUAAAAAACUUUUGAGAUAGCAUUUAAUAUUUUGUUGAACCGAGGCUUCUGGCAUUUUUCGCUGGUUUUACAUCAAUCAAUUGGUUAGUGGUGCUGUUUUCCCUUAGUUUUAUUAAACUUUGGUAAUAACAUGGACAACUGAGCCAAAACUCAGAUAUAUGGCAUGCCAGUGUUGCAUUUUCCUUAAGGCUUUUUCAACCCCAUCUUUAAACUGGGUCUUUAAAAGUACAUCAUACGGUGUUUGUAACUUUGUGCAUUGCAGCCACUGAUGGUCACAGGAUUUAUCUCUUGAAAUUUUGCCUUCUUUUAUGUACUUCUUCUCAGGCACUGUAUAUUAUAUAAGAGGAGAGAGCUCCCAUGAUGCAAGGUAACACCUUGUCCCAUGUAAGCACUUUCUCAUCUCUGUAUUUGUCAUUAUUUCAGGAAAGUCAUGAAUGGUUCUAAAAGUUGUGGUUGUAUAUGUUCUGAUAUUUGCAUUAAAACAUUGUAAUUGAAAAUGAAAAAGAAAUUAUUUUAACUUUAUAAUCGCAGUACUAAGGGUGCUUAUGAAACUGCCUGUUAAAGUUGCUGUACAAAACUGUUAAGGUUGAAUUUUCUGGCAAUAUAAGAUGUUUUUAUUGAAUGUUACUAGUGAGGGUGAGAGGUUGCUGUUAUUAUUGGAACCACAUAUUUUUGAGUUGUAUGUUACAGAAAGUCUACAGUCUGUUCUACAGUACAAGCGGGCGUGCAGUGAGAGGUAGAGAUGUUAAGAAGCCUGUUUUUUUGAAUUUUCCAUCAUAUAUAAUGACAAAUUAAUUUUUGGUAGGUUUUGUAGGUCAAACAACCAAGUUGUUGCUUGUGUGUUAUAGGCAAUGAUUGGUUUGCUAUGUUUGCUCUCUCCUAAUCUUCUCUUAGAUCUAGAGAUGACCAUUGGUCAAACAAGUACUUAAAACUUGAUUGAAAUAUACAUAGCCAACUCUGGCUCGUUCACUCAUAAUAGUAAUCAUGCACAAAUGUUAUCAAACUGUAUUAAAUUAAAGUAAUCCUGUGCUACCUUG